CAGGGUUCCUGGGUCGUUGACCCAGUGCUUUCAGUUUUGUUCAUGUUCAGUUUAUUUUGCCACUUCCAUGUUCUCACUUCCUGCUUUUCCUGUGUCAGCUCGUCUCGUGUCAUUAGCCAGAUUAUGUUCAGCUGUGUACUCACCGGUUUCUAAUCACUCAUCAUUCAGCCUGUGUAUUUAUGUUCCUCAGUUCAACCAGUCCAGUGUCGUGUCAUUGAUGUUCCUGUGAUGUUAAUGUUAUGUUGUCGUUUCCGCCUGCGUUCAGUCAGCUAGCCUUUCAGUCAGUCAGUCCAUUCAUUCCUUCAUUCAGUCAGUCGUCCAGCCAGCCAGCCCUAUCCUACUUCUGGUCUGUUUGUUCACUCCGCUGACAAUAAACAUCAACCUUCACCAACCUACCAGUGAGUCCAGCGUUUGGGUCAUCCUUUCCUCGCCUCCACAACACAGAUCCUGACAGAAUGACACGACCCGCUUUUGACCCAGCGGACUCGGUCCUUUUUGAGCGGCAGGAGGCAGCGCUCUCCAUCUGGACGGAGAAGCUCAAGGGGAAACAGCGGCUCUUCGCGGAGCAAGAGCACCUCUUCGAGGGAACUCGCCUGGCUCUGGGCGGGCCUCGGAGACGCCGCGUUCCCCCACCUGCUGCCUCACCUACACCGGAGCAUUCGCCGCGGAGAGCGGACGUUUCACGCCGCGCUGCGGCCGUUCCCUCUCUCGCGGGUCCGCUCCUCGCUCACACGCCAUCCGCCUCAUUCACCGGAGCUUCCACUUCGCCACGGCACAGCUGCUACGCCUCCCACCUCGGCUCAACAGAGGCUACCGCGCCAGGGGCUCAUCUGUUUACCCCACCCGCUUCCUCUUCCCAGAGAAAGCGGCGUUCACGCCGUCAUAAAACGGACUAUUCCCAGCAACUCCCGGCGGUGAGUCCCAGUGACUGUUUGCCACUUUCCUCAUUUGAUCCGUCACAUAAAGUAAAUAAUAGACUCAUCUCCGAUCCAUGGGGAACUUCCCUUUUAGACGAUGAUGUGGACUGGGAAGACUUUUUCUGCUCUGCUUCCCCAAAGACAGCUCAGUUAAAGACUGUAAAUAGUGGUGGCGGAAGGACCAGACUUAAUCCCGAUAGACAUGUCAAUAUCACUCACCCCGUCAGUAUUUCCACUCCUAUCAGCCAGCCUACACCCACACCUGUGCCAGCUCCCAGGAGGAGGGCAGCUGCGACCCAGUCUACCUCCGCACCCGCUCCUGUUUCUCGGGUGGGGGUGACUGGUGUCCAGCCACCUCCCGUGCCUGUCCCAGCGCCUAGGCUGAAGGCAGCUAGAACCCAGCCUGACCUCCCUAGAGUCUCGGAAGAGCUAGCCUCUCCGUCUGCUACUUCACCUCCUCAUCCACCUCCUGAUCCAGCCUUUCACGCCCUCGCAUUAUCACUGGUUAAGCUAGCUGAGGUUUCUCCUGCUCAGGCACCAGCGUUACUAGCCCAGGCUAUAGCUUUAUCUCCCUCACUAGCACAGUCUAUAGCUCAGCCACCAGCCACACCAACCACAGCUCCGUCGUCAGCCUCACCCACCUCUAUUCAUCCCUUAGCAUCCCCACUCCAGUCAGUCCACUCACCUGCUGUUCAGCCUCCAGCCCUGCCAGUUCACUCUCCUGCUGUUCAUCUCCCGGUCCAGCCAGUUCACUCCCCUGUAGUUCAGUCACCUGCUCUCGUCCAGUCACCUGUAGCCCAGUCACCUGCUCUCGUCCAGUCACCUGUAGCCCAGUCACCUGCUCUCGUCCAGUCACCUGUAGCCCAGUCACCUGCUCUCGUCCAGUCUCCUGUAGCUCAGUCGCCUGCUCCACUCCAGUCAGUAGUACAGCCUGCUCCACUCCAGUCAGUAGUACAGCCUGCUCCACUCCAGUCAGUAGUACAGCCUGCUCCACUCCAGUCAGUAGUACAGCCUGCUCCACUCCAGUCAGCCCCUGUCCAGUCAGCCCCUGUCCAGUCAGCCCCUGUAGCUCAGUCUGUCCAACCGCCUCCAGCCCAGUCUGUAGUCCAGUCCUCUCCAGCCCAGUCUGUAGUCCAGUCCUCUCCAGCCCAGUCUGUAGUCCAGUCCUCUCCAGCCCAGUCGGUAGUCCAGUCCUCUCCAGCCCAGUCGGUAGUCCAGUCCUCUCCUGUAGUUCAGUCUCCUCCUGUCCUCCAGUCCCCCGUUCUCCAGUCGCCUCCUGUCCAGUCAGUCCAGUCGCCCCCCGUAGCUCAGUGCCCUGCUCCCCGGUUGCAUGCUGUCACCCAGUCACCUGUCCUCCAGCCUGUCCAGUCAGUACAGUCUGUCAUCCAGCAUCCUGUUAUUCAGUCAUCCGUUCUCUCACCGUCUGUAGUCCACUCUCCUGUUCAGUCCCCAGACCAGCAGCCACAGCAUCCAGAGCCAGCUGUGAGCUCUCCCGCACCUCAGCCAGGGGUUUCCGCACCCGCUGGCCCGGCCGCACCUCAGCCAGGGGUUUCCGCACCCGCUGGCCCGGCCGCACCCCAGAGGCCUCAGCUUCACCCUCGCCUGGCCCGGCCUCGGCCUCAGCUUCACCCUCGCCUGGCCCGGCCUCGGCCUCAGCUUCACCCUCGCCUGGCCCGGCCUCGGCCUCAGCUUCACCCUCGCCUGGCCCGGCCUCGGCCUCAGCUUCAUCUGCUCCAUCACUGCCGGCUCCCAUGCAGUCGCCUGGCACAGCCUUGGCCUCGGCUUCCGCUCCGCCUGGUCCAGACUCAGCUUCGCCUGGUUCUGCGGCUGCCACGCCGCCGCCCGAGCCUGCACCUCGGAAUCACUGGCCACUUUCCAGGCCAACAGCUGGACGACAUCGCCAGCGUGGUCGACCACCGGACCUCCUCAGUGGCCGCCGCCGUCUUCCUCGCGGCCGCCCACCGGACCUCCUCCUCAGUGGCCGCCGCCGCCUUCCUCGCGGCCGCCCACCGGAUCACCUCCUCAGUGGCCGCCGCCGCCUUCCUCGCGGCCGCCCACCGGAUCACCUCCUCAGUGGCCGCCGCCGCCUUCCUCGCGGCCGCCCACCGGAUCACCUCCUCAGUGGCCGUCGCCGCCUUCCUCGCGGCCGCCCGCCGGAUCACCUUCUCAGUGGCCGUCGCCGCCUUCCUCGCGGCCGCCCGCCGGAUCACCUUCUCAGUGGCCGUCGCCGCCUUCCUCGCGGCCGCCCGCCGGAUCACCUUCUCAGUGGCCGUCGCCGCCUUCCUCGCGGCCGCCCACCUGAACUGUCCGGGCUCAGCCACUGGCCGCGUGGCCGCCCACCUGAACUGUCCGGGCUCAGCCACUGGCCGUGUGGCCGCCCACCUGACCUGUUUUUGUUGUGGACUCCGUCCCUCCGUCCUGGGCCCCUCCGCCCACCCUGUUCUGGUUUUUCUUUCUUUUGGCCGUCGGGUGCCGGCCUUUGAAGGGGGGUUCAACCAGUCCAGUGUCGUGUCAUUGAUGUUCCUGUGA